AUGGAUAGAAACGAUAUAUCUGAAGUUCGCAAACGUGUUGCUGAGAGAUGGUGUAACUAUCAAACAGACCAAGAUAGGACUGAUAGUAAUAAGCGCCAUCAUAGUGAAGAGAAAGUUGAUAUAAAGUCUGCUGAAGUGAUUGACCUUACAAACUCUAGCGAUGAAGAAACAGAUUGUGAUAUUGAAACCAAUAAAUCGAUUUUUGUAAAGGAAAGUGAUGAGAAUGAACUGUCCGAGGGAAAUGCAGUUCUUGUCGAUAAUCCGUUUCGAUUAAUUAAAUCAGAUAUUUAUGAUACGGGCAGAAAUGGGAACCCUGUUGUAGGUUCCUCAUAUUUUAUAACAAUGGGUGAGAUAUUUGGUGAUAAAUCUCUAAGAAAAACAUUUCUUUUUAGUUUCCAAUUUGACUUAGAUUUUAUACUAAGCUUCUUCAAGCAUAAAACGAUAGAAAGAAUAACAAUUGUGGCUCAAGAAGGAACUAUACUACCAGUUAGAUCGAGAUAUCUCCGGCCGAUGAUGGAGAUAGUGCAGAUCAUACAAUUUAGGAUGCCAGCAUUCUCUUGUCACCACUCUAAGAUGAUUAUUAAUUUUUAUGAAGAUAAUUCCUGUAAAAUAUUCAUUCCUUCUAAUAAUUUCACCUAUAUGGAAACUAAUCUUCCACAGCAGGUUUGCUGGGUUAGUCCUAGGUUGCCUGAAGCUUCAGGCACACCUCCUGAAAAUAAAUUUAAGAAGAAUUUGUUUAAAUAUAUAUAUUCAUACCAAGAUAAGCGUGUUCGACAGGUCUUAUCUUAUUUGAGGGAAAUUGAUUUCAAUAGUCUUUCAAAUGUGGAAUUUGUUUAUUCAGUGCCAAGUAAAUCUUCAGUUUCUGGAUUUAAACAAUUGGCAGCUCUGUUAUUAAAAAACUCUACCAAAGAAGAUUUCUCUACUCCCACAGAUAUACAGCAUCAUUACCUUUGUCAAACUUCCACAAUCGGUGGCUCGAUAUCUAAGAAAUUUCCUUUAAAUCUUUUUACUGGUAUCAUGAUUCCUACUUUCUCCAGAUUAAUAGAGUUUAACACUGAACCAAACUCAAGAUCCAAGUCUGCCUCUCCUGAAGAUAUGAUUGAACAACUAAAUUCUCACAAUAUUAAACCAUAUUUAGUAUAUCCUACAGUUGAGGAGAUUAGAAAUUCCCCAAGUGGUUGGAGUUGUUCUGGAUGGUUUAACUUUCGUUACCAAAAGAAUAACGAGCAAUACUUAUCAUUAUUAAAUGAUUUUAAGUGUUUUUACAAGCAAAAUGCAAACUUGAUUUCUAAGCAUAGGAAAGCCACUCCAUCUCAUUCUAAAUUCUAUUUAAAAUCAAAAACUUCAGUUAAAUCAAAUUCAAAUAAUCCAUUUGAUAUCUUAGAUUGGUGUGUAUAUACAUCUGCUAAUUUGAGUGUCAGUGCGUGGGGGACUUCUAGCAGACUGGCAAGAAACUACGAAGUAGGAAUCCUAUUCCAGAGUACCCCUGAACUACAAAUAAAAUGUAAGAGUUUUGUCGAUGUUAUAUACAGAAAGGGAAGUAAAUUAUCAGAUACAGCGCCGAGCUGUAAUACAGUUAAUGUCAUGGUGCCCUUUACCUUACCAUGCAGCCCCUAUGACACUACGAAAGAUGAGGCAUUCUGUAUAUCAAAAAAUUAUGACCUACCAGAUAUAAAUGGAGAAUAUUUUGAACCUGAAUCAUCAUAG